AGCCAAUUAAGCAGUGCCACAUUACUGCGUUCUCACCGUCCAAAAAGAAUCUUGCAACCGCAGCCUCUAUUAAAAGUUGAGAUGUUGCUUUCAAAGUCUUUUUCAAGCCUGAAUUCAAAAAUUAAUAUUAUUUUCGAAAACCCAUCAUUGAAUUCGAACUUGCCAUUUAUUUGCUUUAAUGUACCUAACUAGCCUCCGAGAUGGAUACAUGAUAUAUUUUCUUAUUUUUAUUUUUUAAGACCGAUACGAGACUGCACUAACCAAAUGCAGCCUCUCUCUGUGUAUUUAGAUAUACUCAUGUAGAUUACCUUGUCCAAGCAUAUAGAAGAUCAAAAAGUCAGAGAGUAAUGCCUGCAGAGUAUUUGUAUAUCAAGAGAAAUCACAAGCAAUGAAGAAAAGAGGUUCAUCAACAGUGGUGAUAAGCCUGCUGGCAUCCUGCUUGGUUAUUUUCUUCAUAUUUUUUGAUAUUCUACAGAUUUGUUUCUUCUCAAAUUCCACCUUCAACUUAAAUGGAAAUCUCUCAACCAUCAACUCUCAAGAAAUUGGCAGAGGGAAUAUGAUGUCCGCUCCUCCGUUGCAAUCUCCCCCAGCAGCACAAAUCACAUGCAACCGCUCUAAUCCUUCUUAUGACAUCUGCAUGAUUAACAGUCCAACAGUUUUAGAUCCAACAACCACUACAUUCCAUGUCAUGAAACCAAAUGGCCCAGUUUUGCUGGAAAAGGUCCGGCCCUAUGCACGAAAAUCGGAGAAUUUUACAAUGUCAAACAUCAAGGAGUUUGUCCUAACUUUGGGCCCAUUAGGCCGACCAUGUCAAGUCCAACAUAAGGCCCCAGCUCUAGUAUUCAGUGCAGGAGGAUACACAGGCUAUAAUGGAAACUACUUCCACGAGAUCAGUGAUGGAUUUAUUCCUCUCUACAUCACCAUCAACACCAUCUAUAACAGUCAAGACCUUGUCCUUGUGAUAUCUGAAUCACCUGAUUGGUGGGUCCACAAGUAUAAAAAACUACUACAAAGUUUAAGCAAGCAUCCAAUCAUAACCUUGGACAAUGACAAACGGAUCCAUUGCUUUCCUUAUGCUAGUGUGGGCCUCAUAUCUCAUGGGAUCAUGACCAUAGAUCCGAAUUUAUUACCAAACCCAAAAUCCUUAGCCCAUUUUCAUGCCUUCCUAGCUGAGACAUUAAGCCGAAACCACCACCAUGACCAACCGUCCAACCUUGCCAAGUCUCGGCCACGUCUAAUAUUGGUGGGUCGAACUGGGGCCACUGGUCGACUGAUAUUGAAUCGGAAUGAAGUGGAGGAAGAAGCAAAGAAGAUCGGGUUUGAUGUAGUUGUAUUUGAACCAAUGGCCAAUACUUCAUUGAGUGUAGCUUAUGAGAUGGUGAGUUCGAGUCAUGCAAUGGUCGGAGUCCAUGGAGCAGGGCUGACGCAUUCAUUAUUUCUCCAACCAGGAUCGGUGUUGGUGCAAGUGGUGCCUCUUGGCAAUGAGUGGGUCGCGGGGGCAUGCUUCGGCAAACCAGCCAUGGCUAUGGGUUUGGAGUAUAUUGAAUAUAGGAUUAAUGCAAAUGAAAGUAGCUUGAUAGAGAAAUAUAACAGGGAUGAUAAAGUUAUAAAAGACCCUGUAGGUUUUAUAGGACAAAAAUGGUCUGCUAAGAUUAUGGACAUGUAUCUCAAAGAGCAAAAUGUUAGAGUUGAUUUGGAUAGGUUUAAAGGGUACUUGAAAGAAGUCUAUAGAAAAAGUAAAAUGGUUUUGGAGAAAAGGGAAGGGUGGAGUGGAUGACUGUUUAUAUACAAUUGUAAUUAUUGAAUAUUAAUCUUGAUGCAUUAAUAAUGUGAGUUUUCUGAAAAAAUUGAUUGCAUUUUAAUAUCUAUAAUUUUAUAGAAAUAUACAACAAUUAUCAUUUUUUUACAAUUUAAUUCAAUUGGGAACUUGAUAUAUA